AGCUCGCCUUAUUUGGAUAACAGGUUCUACUACUGAGAAACAGUGUAACAGCGAUGGCUGUGCGUUUCGCAUAAUUUAUUCGUUCUGAAGUCUAUUUUUCGUACUUCGUUACUGUCAAUUUUACUCGGAUUAUCAUCUAUGACACAAGGACCCUCGGAUGUGCUGACGAAAGGAGACAGGGGCCGACAAAGGGCCAGAGUACUCGUGCAUUGAAAGGAUUUUACUAACGGUGUUGUGAAGCAAGUUAACCAGCCUUUACUGUUGUAUUCUUCCUUGGAUAUUCAUACUAAAUUUCGAUUCCAAGUGCACUUAGUAAAUUAACACCAAAUCUUAGUAAUUAAAUGAGUGAGAUUUUCAUGGUCGAUAAUUGAACACCUUCGAAGUUGAUUAACAGCGGAAGAAAGCGAAGAAAGUUAAUUGAAAGUCAAAUGUAAGUAGGCUUAACCUUCAGAUCUUGCAAUCUACCCCUCUAUGAGUACCGGAUGUGCAGCUUUGAGCAAGGGCAUAGGAAGUUCCGAGUAGGGUGCACCCAGUAGGGGUAAGACGGACGGACAGACGGGCCGAUGACAUCGGAGAACAAGGGAGGGCGCUUCGAUUUUGAUGACGGUGGCACUUACUGUGGUGGCUGGGAGGAUGGAAAGGCCCACGGGCAUGGGGUAUGCACGGGGCCCAAGGGAAUGGGCGAGUACUCUGGUGCCUGGCAGUAUGGCUUCGAGAUAUCCGGCGUCUACACCUGGCCCAGCGGAAACACCUACAGGGGCCAGUGGUUCCAGGGUAAACGUCAUGGAUUCGGCGUAGAGACGAAGGGCCGCUGGGUGUACAAAGGUGAAUGGACGCAGGGAUUCAAGGGCCGCUAUGGGGUCCGACAAAGCACGACCUCCGGCGCACGCUACGAGGGCACGUGGACUACAGGACUUCAGGACGGAUAUGGGUGUGAGACUUACGCCGAUGGAGAUACAUUUUUACCUGAACUUCAAGGGUCGUACCAGGGACAAUGGUUACGAGGGAUGCGCCAUGGUUACGGGGUGCGGAAAAGCGUUCCAUACGGACUUGCCCACCACUACCGGCCCAAGGCGCUCCGGGCAUCCCUCACCUCACUUCGUAGCGAAAAUGAGGACGAACAGGUCGUUAAAAACCGCGAUAAAAAGCUCGACGAGGCCCGCGGUGGUUUCGUCCUCACGGCCCGAAGUGAAGAGACCCCGCCCGUACGACGUAGGUCGUUUUUCGACAAACAGGGACGCACCAGCCUUCGGAAGACGCUCAUGUCUGGUCUACGGUUAAAGAAACAAAAGAGUACAGGUGAUAUUAACCAUUCCCCUAAACGUCAGACGGGGUCUGUUAGGAGUACCAUAAGCAGCUUAAGUCAUGUCAGUGCCGAGUCCACACAAAGUGGUAUGACUAACGCUUCCAUGUAUACAGAUAGUAAUUUAAGUUUCGUUAGUCAAGACGAUAUUACGGAUGUUAAUGUUACGGAAACAUACAUGGGUGAAUGGAAAAAUGAUAAACGGUCAGGAUUUGGAGUAAGUGAAAGAUCUGAUGGAUUAAAGUACGAGGGCGAGUGGUUUAACAACAAGAAGUAUGGUUAUGGUGUGACGACAUUCAAGGAAGGUACGCGAGAGGAGGGAAAAUAUAAAAACAAUGUGUUAAUAUCAUCAGGAAAGAAAACUAAAUUGUUUUUAAUUCGGACUUCCAAGCUUCGGGAACGCAUAGACAAUGCGCUUUUAACAGCCCAACGAAGUGCUCAAAUAGCUUUGCAGAAAGCGGAAAUUGCUGUUACUAGGAUGGCAAACGCCCGCACGAAAGCGGAGCAAGCUGACCAGUCCGCCAUGAAAGCUGAACAGGAUUCGGACACAGCUCGCUUGAAAGCAAAAGAAUUCGCGCCAGAAUUUCACCAGCCAGGUACAGACAUUAUUAAAAAGAAGCUGAUGGAACAAAAUCACAACGGUGGCUCACCUGACGAGGUAUACGACUUCAGCCAUUAUGACAUGCAGCAGAAUCAUAACCCGCACCAGCGCUCAAAAUCCCUGAUGAUGAGGGACGGACCGGGUGGCGGCAUGUCGCCCAUGUUUGAUCAAGAUCCUAAUAGGAAGAUUAGCGCACAGGCGGACUUUAAUUAUCUUAGUGUAAAUAAUCCUUUGCUACAGACACCAAAUUCCUUAAAUCCUUCGCAAGAAACUGUGAUUUCCAACCAUUCGCCCCAUAAUCGCAGCCCAUCUUUGAAAAUUAGACGUUAUAGUUUCUUAGCCGGGUCCCAAAGAGGGCGUGGCUUUAGUGAACUGUUCAAUUCCACAAUACUCAAUGACCAUUUUGAUCAGUACUCUGCUCAACGUGACGACAGCGGCCUGGGACGAGAGUUUCUCACCCAUGAGGACCGAAUAGUUUCAAAUACCGCACAUCCAAGUGAUACUUCCCCCGAUUCAGGGGUGUCAGAGGGAGUGAACGAUAGCUCGCGACCGUUUGUACGUCGCCGUACACUGCCUUGUAUUGUGAACCAAGACGACCCGGAUAAGGAGGCCAAAGCCGCCGUGAAAGAACAGGCUCACAGUAGUGAAAACUUGUCGGGUAAAAAUCCUGAUAGAUACAUUAUAGAAAAUGGAAUACGUAAAAGGGUAAAAGGGGUAACACGAAAUCCACAAAGAAUUUCCUCGAAACCAUCAUCCUCUAAGGGGGACUUACCAAAGGAAUAUGAAAUAGAAAGCCAAAACGCUUUGUCACGAGGGGGAAAGCAUGGGAGUCUUCCAGAUAUUACUGCGAUUCAGAAGACGGACAAGUCACCGAUAUCCCGACAAGAGGCGUACAAGCUAAGCACUGCCCGACGAGAGGAGCUUAGACGUCUUCAAGAUAUCGCCGAGAGGCGCAGACAGGGUGACGUCACUGUUAUACUGGGGGAUCUUAGGGACUUUGUUCAGCAAAGACAGCUGCUUGUUUUAGUGAUAGCAUUGAAUUUGAGUUUAGCGACAAUGUUUUUCAACUUGCUUUCCUGAGCGGAAAUUACGACAUUUGAACUGCCAUUCCUACCCAUAAUUCCCUGGUUUGAUGGACUUCCCAUCACGUGACCAGAUUUGCAGAGAAGCUCUCGGCGAGAUGUCGUUGUGUGGAGUGCAUAGAGGAGAUGGAGGUCGAAAUCCAACUUGUGAAAGAGUCUUGAACGUGUUGAAGUAUUUGUAAAGUAUUACUGGGACGAUCUUGAUGGGAACGUAUUUAAGGUGUUUGUAAAAGAGGCGAAACGUGGUGGAUACACUUGGAGAAUCAUCUAGAUGACCCUGACCUAGUUUCAUGGUUAUGCAAAAUUUUACUGUUGUAAGAAUUGCAACAUUUUGAGACAGUCAGAAGUGGUUGGUCCCAAUGAAAUGAGUGAAAUCCUGCUCCCCGCAAGUAAAAGUUCAAAUAAAAGUAACGUUUUACAGGAUCAAAUGUUCAAGUAUUUGUGACGUUUCAAUCAACUGAGAACAUUCCCAUGUGAGUAAAAGGACUUGUUUGGGUUAUUUGUGCUGGUACAGAGAGCGAAUUGAUGGCUGAAAAAUCAAAUGUUUUCUAUGCUAGUGAUAUGAUUUUGUUGCACGUAGAUCAUGCGUUUUUUUAUUAGCAUUCAACCGUUUUCAUUUUUGUUCUCGUCGUUGGUAACAGUAACUUUACUAUAUUAGAAAGAGUUUGAAAAUAGACCAACCCUUGAGAAGACUCUGUAAAAGAACAAGCACUUAAUUUAUACUUAGUAAUGCUAGAAAUAAUUAAGUACAGCUAGGUAAAUUUAACGUCCAGUGUCAAACGGGUGAAUCUGCAUCUAAGUUAAGAAUGGUUAUAAGCCCUUUUUGCUUCAAAUGAUGUCAUGUCCAAUUGAAUCAGAUCUACCUUUCAAACCUGGAAAUAUUGCUGAUACUUCAAACCUGGAUCAGUAUUUGCAAGGUCUCCCCUCAUUGGUUGGUCGCCCAAUCAUUGCCAUCACGUGUCAUACAACCUGUAGAACCCCUCUUGCACAUUAUGCAUGCUAUGCGUGAGACCAACCAUUUUGUGAAAGUUGUGAGCAGUAAUUGGACUUCUUUCGACCAUUGCCAAUUUUUCUGCUUUGCAUACGAGUUCAUGUUGUCCUUUUUUCAAGCAGCCUUGGAACACAAUGAAAUUGUUAAAGAGUGCAAUAUACUCAUUAUAUAAGUAUAAAACACGUGAAUACAUAUAUUCUAGGUUUGAAAAUGAAAUUUUAAACUGCGAUUUAAAAGAUACUUCAGACUGUGAGAUGACAUCAUUUUGUUUGUUUUACACAAAGUGACAAAAGUAUAAUUUUGAAAUUCUGUGUACAGUCAAUCGUCGGGAUGUGACAUCCUAGUAGCUGUGUUUUAAGUUAAGUCACAGCCAGGGAGGGAACAGCUUGAUAAAGGGUUAUGUUUUCCACAAUUUAUUAAAAGCCUGCCGACCAUUAAUCUUAAAGAUAUAUUACCAUGCAGUCUGGUGUGAAAACUACAAGAUGUGACAAUGUGGUAUUCAACAUUUCAUUAUGUACAAUGUACAUUUAUUUUACAUGGCUCCUUGUGUGAAGUUUGCCUUUUUAUCUGUAGUGAAAACCUCAAUAAAUUGACAUUUAUAAGAAGUGUAAUUUAUAUACAAUGCCUAAACCAAUUGUUAUUAGCCUUCUUCUCUGUGUAAUCCGUUUUGUUAAAUGUACCCAUAAAUAAGCAAGCUCUCUGGUAUUCCUGUUAACCAUAGUGUUAGUUUUAUCCCUGGUGACCACAUAUUAUUUUGGUAUCAUUUGAAAGGUUAUACAUUGCUGGUAAUUUAUAUGUAAAAUAUAAGUCCAAAACUUCAUUAAACACAAAGUUAUUGUAUUUGGUAUUUUUGCUCUUUACUUCAGCUGAAAUGACCUAAUUGCAAUAGUUCAAGGCCAAAAAAGCUCGCUUAGUUCUGGUAUAAUUUAAAAAAGAAUUUCUUGCUGAUUAAUAAUAUAUAACGUAAAAGAAAAAGUUCCAUUUACCAUCAAUUUAUUGCAUUUUGUUUUUUCUCUCUUUAUUUGAGCUAAAAAAUGUCAUGAAAUGACCUAUUUGCAAUAGUUCAGGCUGAAGAAGGUCGUUGUAUUAUAGUAUUUUCUGUCCCUUACGUUACAAUGUCUCGUUUUCUGCACAUUAAACUCAUAAAAAUGAUAUCAAAAUAAUAUGAGAGUCACUAGGCAUCUCAAAUUCACAUUUGUGGGUCGGAUAUCUUAAUUUUGUCCACUAUUAAAAUAUUGGCUGAGGUUAUCAAAAAUACAUUUUUGAUAAAUUGAUAUCAUUGAUCAAAUACCAUGUAUCACCUUGAUAUCACAUGACGCAUUUUGAAAACCUACUAUAAAAUGAAUGAUUGAAGUUAUUCAUCUACGUUGAAGCAAUCGUAACAACUCGGCCAUAUCCGGCAAGCUUCUGGAUAGUCAUAUCUGUCCGAUGAUGGCCGAGGUGUUCCGAUUGAUGUUGAAGCUGCUUGCUUACUCUCAUCAUAUAUGACUAUGUAUGAAUUGUAUGUGUAUAUUUUACAACAAUGUGAAAAAAUGCGUGCAAUAGGAGGGAGCCGUUUUUGAAUGACAGAGAAUAGGAGAAUUGUGGAUAUGUUUUCAUUUUUUUUGUUUCUCAUAGUUUACCUGUUUUUAAUUUAUUUUGUUGCCGUUUUGAUGUUAAAUUUAUCUGUUAUUGCAUUAUGGUAUUGUCCAAGUUUCUCCCAUGUUUAUAACUGGAAUUUGUACAUAGAAAAUUAUACUUCUUCUUUGUAUUCACAUGAAAGUAGCUAGAAUGGAGAAUAACCUUUUUUCUGCCUUAUUCAAACAAAGUUUUCAGAUGCAGAAUUACCAUAUUAUUCAUGUUUAAGCAUUCAGUUUAUGUUCUAUAAGAUUGUUAAAAGUAUUUCUGUCACCUUUUUAGACUGGCAAAUUAGCACAGAUUCAUUUUACAUAAAGACACAUCUUCCAUGUGUUAUAAGAUGGUCUUAUGGCUUCAUUUAUUCAAGUAUCAUUUACGCAACUUCCCUAAUACGUCAUUGCAAUUAAAUGAAACCAUAUAUAGCGGGCGUAUUCAAAAC